AUGGACAGCGCGUCUGGUACCGGCGCUUCGACAGCGCUCGAUCCAGCCAACCAAAGACUCCUCAAUACGUAUAUAUACGAUUACCUCGUCAAACAGUCCUACGGCGACACGGCGCGAAAAUUUAAGGCCGAAGGCGGUGUGUCUACAUUGACUGCGAAGCAAGUCGAAGAGCGAAAAGAGCAAGGGCCGAAUACAGAGGGCUCACUCUCUGCGCAGCUCGAUCGUGCAGCACGUACUGCAUCAGAAAAAGUCAACGGCGAUGCGCACAGCCCGACAGACGAGACAGAUGCCGACGGUGCUCCUGGUGAGUUGCCACAAGCAGAUGUGCCUGUCAAUGUGGAAGGUGGCUUCCUGGCAGAAUGGUGGGUCCUCUUUUGGGACAUGUUCUCAGCUAGACAAGGGAGACCCAGCACAGCGAGCGCAACGACGUUCAUGGCGCACAAUCAGCGACUGAAGCAAGAACGGCAAGCCGCCAUGGCUAGUGCUAUGACUGGUGGCGCUGCGACAGCAUUAGGAACGGGCGGUAACAUCAAUACUGGCUCCAAUGCCAACGCUAUGCGACUCAAUCUCUCAGGCAAUCCCUUGACUGCCAGUAACGUUGACGCAGCAGCAGCGGCAGCGGCUUCCGCUGCUGGUCUUGAUCCGAAUGGAGCAAAUGCUCAAAUCAACAACAAAACGCGUGAAGCCUUGAUGCGUCAGGCAAUGAUGAAUAAUGGCAACAAGGGCCGCAGCUUUCCUCCAACGGCCGCACAGAUUCAGCAGCUCAAAACGCAGCAGUACUUGCAGCAGCAGGCCCAACGUGAGGACUCAGAAGGCCUUCCAGGGCAAGCAAUGAAUCCACAGUCGCCUGCAUCGAUGUCUGCGCCGUCUCCAUCGAAACGACAACGUUUGUCUCCCGAUGGCACGUAUGCGCAAAUACCCGCCAAUCAACGACCACAGCCUGGCAUGCCCAUGAAUCAGCAAACUUCGCAAGCGCAUCAGAUGUUACUGCAAGCAGGCAUCAAUCCAGCUGGGUUGAGUCCUCAGCAACUUGCCGCCUUUCAAAAUCAGCCGCCCGUCUUGCAGCAGAAGCAGUUGUCUGCCUACGUGCAGGGUCUCGCCAGUCAGCAACAACGCGCGAUGCAACAAGCAGCGAAGGGCCCGCUACAGCAACCAGUCAUGGUCAGUGCAAGUCCUAGUAUGGCUAAUGCAGAGGGUCCGCCUGCAGAGGGCAAUCACGCUCUGCAAGACUACCAAAUGCAGCUGAUGUUGCUUGAGCAGCAGAACAAGAAACGAUUGUUGAUGGCACGACAGGAGCAAGAACGGCUACAACAGCCUGGGGAUGUACCUGUCGGAGGCGGUGCUACCGGUUUCACCAAUUCUCCACCAAGUGGACGUCCUGCCGGGUCACCUGCCCCUGGUAGUAUUGAUAUGCCUCGGGGAACACCUAAGAUGGGCAAUCAAAACGUGCCUGGUACGCCUGGCGAGCAGCAACAGCAGCAGCGUCCGGGUCAGCAGCACCCUAUGCAGCAGCAGCAACAAAUUCAACGGAAUGCCUCGCCUGCUGUCACUGGUUUCGUCCCGCAACAUGGUCCACAAGAUCCACAGCAACAGAUGAUGUACCGUCAAAUGAUGCAGCAACAACAACAGCAGCAGCAAGAGAACGGUGCUAUGCCACUUAUUAUGGGACCCGGCGGUCAGAUGAUGCGCGUGCCGCCUCAAAUGGCAGGCUUCCCACCCAAUCACCCUGCGUUCCAGAAUCCACAAAUGAUGCAGCAGAUGAUGGCAGCCAAUGGUGAUCCCAGAGCUCGUGAAAGUCUGCUUUGGCAGCAGCAACAGCAGCAGCAACAACGGCAGAUGAUGCAGCAGAUGCACCAGAAUGGUCAGCUUGCAGGACGUCAAUUGACACCGCAGCAGCAACAUGCAUUAGCGCAACACCAUGCCGCACAGCAAGCUCAAGUUGCUCAACAACAGCAGCAGCAACAGGCUCAGCAAGGCAUGCAGGGUCUCGGUGGACCUCAUCAACAGAUGCCACCGCCCCAAGCUCCGCUACCCAUGCAACAAGCUGGCCCUGGUGGCGUCGGUGCUCGUCCCGGCUCGACGGCAGCUUCUGCUGCAGGACAGCCUCCUUCCCCGUCGCUAUCGAACCAGAAUCCAUCUACACCCGUGCAAGCUAAUGCUAAAGUGCCUGCUGGUCGUAAAGCUUCUACUGCAGGCAAAGAAACGAAGAAACAGACUGCAGCAAAGGCACGCAAAGCUGCUGCUGCUGCGGCAGCCGCGGCUGCUGCUGGUACGAGUGCACCUGGUACGACUCCAGCCGGUGCAUCAGAGCCACCAACACCGACGACACCCAUGACGCCACAUGCGCUGAAUCAGCAACAGCAGCAGUUGCAGCAGGCGCAACAGGCGCAGCAACAGCAAAAUGCGCAACAGGCAGGGCACUUUGCGCAUCCGGGACAGCAAGGUGAUGGUAGUUCGCAAGUUGGCAAUUUUAUGGAUGCCGGUGCUGAUGGUGCUGUUGGUAACGCACCUGGUAGUGGUGGUCCUGCGUCAGCCGGCUUUGAUGCGUUCCCCGGGGAGCUCAAUAUGGAUCUUAUGCAGGACUUUGACUUUGAGAGCUUCCUUGCAGAUGAUCCGAAUGGCGGUGGUGGUGGAAUGAACUUUGGCUUCAAUGGGGAUGAUGGUGAAUGA